GGAAAGUCCGCCAGUGCUGCAGCGAGCCUCGCGCUAUAUCAAGCACAGAUUGGCUGUCUUUCUCUUUCCUUUGGUCCAUCUCUCCCCUUUCCUCCUAUAGUCUCUCUUUCCCUCAUCUUCUCCUCUUCUUUCUCACUCUCUUUCUCCCUUUCUUUCUCUUCUUUCACCCAGGUUGGUCUUCAUUAAAGAUCAGCAUCAUUUUGCUGUUCCAUCAUUAUUCGAAUAGUGUUGUCAAUGUGAUACUUUUGACAUCUCGGAGUGCGGGAACGAUCGGAAAACUGGCCAGGGACGGAGUGAUCGUCGAGCCAGGCUCGACGAAAAAGAGGAAGAGGAAGCACGAUGGGCAACGCCACGACGAAAGACUAUUCGAAGAACAUCUCCGUCGGCACCAACUCGAGGAAGACACGCUGGGAUGGUUCAGGUCUUGCAUCCCCACCGGGCAAACCUAUCUUGAUAUCGGGUACCGACGAAACGCAGCCGGAUGUUGUUGCGAUACGAUGGGAGAGAUCGCCGAGUAACGGUGGAUCGGCGAUCGUCGGAUACUUGGUCGAGCAUCGACGACUGGGCUCUCCUCACUGGAUACGAAGCAGUUCCGGCUUGUGCGCCUUCCCGGAGCUAACUCUGAGCGGUCUCGAGCCAGGAUGGCGCUAUCAAUUUCGAGUCAGAGCGCAAAAUGCAGUUGGGCUUUCACGGCCGAGCGAAAUCUCCGAGCCGCUCACAGUCACCUUGCAAAGGGUCACCGCAGCUUGCGCUCCUCGCUUCGAUCUGGAGCUCAAGGAUACGACGGUGCUCGAGAGCGAACAGGCCGAGUUUGUCGUGCAAUUCUCCGGUACACCAUUGCCGAAGAUCUCAUGGUUCAAGGACGGUUUCGAGAUUUUUAGCAGUAGACGUACCAGAAUCGUUACGGAUAACGGAAAGAGCGUUCUUCUGAUUCAUCAAACCGCGCUUAACGACGAAGGCGAGAUUAAAUGUACCGCUACCAAUCGAGCGGGUCAUGUUGCCACCAGAGCUAAAUUAAUUCUCGAAGCGUCACCGCGGAUACGAUUGCCGCGUCAGUACGAGGAUGGUUUGCUUUUCGAGCAAGAUGAAACCAUCAGAUUGAAGGUAUCUCUGGCAGGUAAGCCAUCGCCUACUGUCAUCUGGUAUCACGACGGGGAUCUGGUAUCUAAGGAUGCUAGACACAUAUUUGAGGUGAUGGACGGUGAAUCGGUUUUGAAAAUACCGGAUGCCAAACGAAAUGAUCGAGGCGAAUAUACUGUCAAAGCUACGAACACACUAGGUGAAGAUACUGCGUCUUUUCUGGUCACUGUUACAGAUCGACCAGCUGCUCCCGGAAAAGUGUCCGUCGCGAUGACUCUAGGUAGAUCAGUGACGUUAUCGUGGAAAGAACCGGAAGAUGACGGAGGAUGCAAGAUCGGGACUUACAUCGUCGAAUACUAUAGAAUUGGCUGGGACGUGUGGCUUAAAGCAACAACGAGCAGAUCCACCAGCGCGACGUUAACAGAAUUAAUCGAAGGCUCGGAAUACAAAUUUCGCGUGAAAGCUGAAAAUCCUUACGGAGUCAGCGAUCCUAGCGAAGAGAGCGACGUUAUCUUCAUUCCAGACCUUAAACGAAGAAUUAUUACGCCGUCCUUGAACGAGAAGUCGCAGAGCCAUCGAGAGAUCAGUAGAUCUCGCGGCGAGAAACGCGAAGUGAGUUUCACUACGCCGACGCAGAGAACUAGGAGUUUAACGAGGGAAGAAGCUAGAACGCGAAAUGACGAAAGCCUCGGAUACGAUGAGCGAUCAGCUUCAACGCAACGGCUCGCAACGCCGAUUUCUACGUUGGACAGGCCAUCCAGAGCAGACAGUAGAGUGACAUUUGCACCAGACACUUUGGAGAAGGAACCGCCAGUUCCACCAGCCAGAUCCAGAGAUCACGCUUCCGCGAAGCAACAAGCUUCUCUUACAGGAAAUAAUACAGUUCGAUCGAAUGCUGCGGCAGAUAUAAAAGACAAGCAAGAUAUCGUAAAGAGGGAAAGAGCAAUGUCUCCGAAACCAACCGUAACAGUUUCUUCUCCAGUCGAGGACGACUUCAAAUACUCGAUACCUACGACAAAAGAAAGAAGAAGCCUCUCUCCGCUUUCGAUUCCGCCGAGAAUUCAAGAACCUCCGAGAGAGGAGAAUAAUAUAGCUAGCCAUCUUUUGUCUUCAAAUUCGAGUCUAAAAAGACAGACUGCUAUUAUAAGUGAAUCCAUGUCACCUUCACCGCAGGAUAACUUGCAAUUGCAAACGCAAUUAUCACGAGACGACGACGAGGACGUAUUACACGGCAGUUCUGAGUUUAUGCUGGUUUUGUAUCCGGAUGAGACGAUGGAAGAGGAAACUAUAAUCGUGGCAAACGGCACGUCGCCUGAAAUUCGCGUCAGAAGCGACACAAGUAGCAAACAGGACAUGAUCGAGUUGACGGAAGAGGAGAACGAUCUCAUACCGCCGCCGAUAUCGCUGUCACUUCCGGAAUUAUUCAGCGUGCAGCAUCAAAUAGUAGAAGUAAUGCGAGCAGCUGUCAGCUCUACCGAGCUUCUUCACGAACGAGCCAUGGAACGUUUUUAUCGCGCGGUCGCCGCCGAAGAGGCAUCCGAGAUUGCCAAACGGAAGUCGCAGAUUGAGAGGCAGACCGGCGAAUUGGCGCUAUUAAAUGUCGAAUCCGUUCAGAAAUCGUCCAUUCUUAGACGCCUAUCGAAUUCCGGGGUCACGACGCAGAACUUGAUUGUCUCGUGGCAGGCGAAAAAGAAUCGGCGAAGAUCGAGCGAGGGACAAACCGAAACGGCCCCGAAAACGAUGAAACUUCUCUCGCCGGCUCUGCUGUCGGAUGUUGAGGCCAGGUCGGAUCCGAAUCUUCCCUCUGAAGUGACGACGAUGGCGGAUUCCUGGAGGAGGAGCGACGAGGACGAAUCCGUAAAACGUCUGCGUAGAUGGCACGAAACGAACGUACCACUGUUGGAGGAGAUGCAAGAAGAGAAAUCGAUACGAACGAAUGAUGAAGAUGGGGCAGCCUCCAUUUCUGAGGGCCAAGGAAGCAGAGGCAAGGCAAUGGAAGAAGAGGAAUUUAAUAGCGUCGAGACUUCCGAAGAAUCGUCGGAAGAGAUUAGCAGCGCGGAUAGCGAGGAUUUGAAAUUAUUAAGAUCUAGGAUCCUGGCGAGACAAGUUAUGGAUGAAGAGGAUACUUAUCAUCCUAGAGGAAGACCAGUUCCACACAUGGAACCGGAACUGGUACUGAUUUCGUACGAUAGAAUGAAUUUCGAGAUUUCGUCUCCUCCACCUGUCAGAGCAGUUACUCCUAUUUCGACGAACAACAUGAUACCAAAGUCUAUUUUGAAGAAACCCAAGGAAGAAAUGACUUCUUCUGACAGUUUCGAUAUAUCGAUUUCUCCAGAGAGACUAAUAAGACCAAUAUCACCGCAGCCGUACGAAGAAGAAAAUGUAGAAGAACCGCAUAUCGAUGUUAAAGAGAAAAUUGCAGAUUUCUCGAGCAUGUCCGAGGUUUUGAAGACACCCGCAAUGUCGGAAUCGGAUACGGAUAGCAUCUUGUCGGCGGCGGAAGCGGCGAAAAGUCGACGAAUGCAAUCCAAAUUGCGGUCCAUGACGCCUGAAGAGGAGGCGGCCGAAGUAGAGGCGAGAAUGGCGGUUGUGAAUCAGUACACCGAGAUAGUUCGAGAGUACUCGAGCCAUUCGCGACACGGUAGCGCGGCCAGUUCCCGAAGAUCUUCCUUUUCCGAGGAUCAAGCGGAUCAGAAGCAUCGAGUGCAGGAAAAGCUCGCGGCAAAUCUGAACAAGGAUAAACAAGAGCCAGCCGAGACGUCGAAAUUGAAGAUUCAGAAUAAGAACAAAGUCGACAAGCAGACGAAACGAGAGAAGACGAAAGGAUCGAAUAAUCAAACGCCAACGAUCGCCAAGAAGGAAAGCGCUAAUUCCAGAAGCGCGACUCCCGCGAGAGACACGACGACCGCGAAACGCGGUAAAUCGAUCUCCAGGGAGCAAUCUCCAGCUGCGAGAAAAAGGGAACGAACGACGGGCGCUUCGUCGAGAUCGUCCUCGAAAACCCGAAAUCGCACGCCUUCUCUGGAAAGAAACAAUCGAUCAUUGGCGAAAACCGACUUGAACGAGCAAGAAUCUCGUAGAUCCAAAGUACCUUCCGGCUCUUCCUCGCGUUCCUCGUCGAGAUCGAACUCCAGGGAUAGAAGACACGGAGCGACGGCAUCAGCGGAAUCGAAGGUUGAGAAGCUGCAGAAGGCACUCGAGAGUAACAAGUAUCGAGCGAUGAAGAAAGAAUCCGAGGUUACCAAAGAAGUUGCGGAAAAAAGCACUCCCGAACGUGCAGAUGGCAAGCAGUUAGCUCUGGAAGCUAAAAACACAGUCAGAUCGACAGUGGACUACAUAACCGACCUGACGUUGCUGAUUGCCGCAAUGUACGUUUAUUUCUUCAAAAAGGAAACCCUGGCGGUUCCGUUUAUCGUGCUGCUUUUAUAUCGAAGAAUACAGGAGGAAAUACACGGGUGGAUGCCACGUCGUUGGUGGCGCUCCACCAAGAAACCCUGAUCGACCAAUGUGCAACUAAAUGGUCAUAUAUAUUUGAUGUACAUCAUGUUUACCAAUCAAAAUAUGCUAAAUGAUUGCCAAAGAAAUAAUAUAUCAUAAGCUGAACCGAUAUAAUACUAUAUCGAGAAUUGCAAACUAUUUAUGUGACAUCCUUCAUAUGUAAUACAAUCGAUACUCGUUAUUCUGUUAUCCGUUGUAUUUAUAAUAAAUAUAUCAAUUCCUUAUCUCUA